AUGAAGCUCUCCACAGUCACAGCAGCCCUCGGCCUCAGCGCAGCCGCCGCUUCAGCUUCAUCUUCGAAAUCUAUAAACUACACCACUGUCCAAGGCUACUUCAUCCAGAAUGACCCGUCCACGGACCCGUCCAGCUUUGACUAUACAUCCCACAACUUCGGCCUCCUCGACCGCACCUACGACGCAGACAAAGCCGCGCAGCACUCCAGCUCCAGAGCCAGAAAUAUAACCCAGUGGGAACGCUUCCACCGCCAGCUGGAAUACCUAAACACCAACUCCCCCAAGCACGUCGGCUACAAGCUCUUCUUCCUCGGCCGGCACGGCGAGGGCUGGCAUAAUGCCGCGGAGGAUUAUUUCGGGACCCCGGCUUGGAAUUGCUACUACUCCCUCCUAACCGGCAACGCCACAACAACCUGGGCCGACGCAGACCUCACACCAGAAGGAAUCAGGCAAGCAAAGGUCGCACACGCCUACUGGGCAUCACAGUCCAAGGAACAGAAGAUCCAUUUCCCAGAUGCUUACUACUCCAGUCCGCUUACGCGGUCACUGAAGACGGCGAAUCUUACUUUUGUGGGACUCCGCCCGCCGCUAUCGGCUCAACCUGGUAGUAAUGCUGCAGCAUUCGUGCCGCAGGUUAAAGAGGGGUUCCGGGAGGGGAUUAGUUUGCAUACGUGUGAUAGGCGGCGGUCGAGGAGUUAUAUUGAGGGGCUGUUUCCUGAUUGGACGUUUGAGGAGGGGUUUUCGGAGGAGGAUGAGCUGUGGACUGGGGUGAGGGGGGAGACGAGCGAGGCGCAGGAUUUGAGGUCGCGGAGGGCGUUGGAUGAUAUUUUUAACGCCCAGGGUCGAACUGGGGGUGUGAAUAAACCUCGAGGAGGCGGUGGUGUCGGUGUGCCCAACUAUGACGGAGAUGAAGAUGAUAAGAAGCUGGUUAUCUCAGUUACGGCGCAUUCGGGCGAGAUCACGUCUAUCCUGAGAGUUGUUGGACACCGGGAGUUUAAGCUGAAUACUGGGGCAGUGAUCCCUGUGUUGAUUCGUGCGGAAGUCGUGAACGAGCCUGAGCCAACAGCGACGGUAUCGUGGACAGCGAGUGCCCAUUGUACGGCGGCGCCGGUGACGUCGACUGCGUCUGGGUGUGUUUGCGCAAGCUCGGUGGCGCCGGUGACGACAGGGUUCCCGGUAUUUGCUACGGAGACUCCUUACUAG